CUUGUAUAUAAAUGUGCAUAUAUGUACAGAAAGAGUGAUGGUGAAUUACGCCAACGCGAAAUGAACAUAUGAUUACACUCUGAAGUCUAAACACACAUGUCAUCGUUCAAGUGGACGGUCCAUAUCUCUCUUUUCCUAUACCUAACCAACAUCUUCAAUAAGACUCUCGUUCUAUUGUUUUUCCCUUGAUAGAGUCGGUUGAUCGGGUUUCUUCUAUGAUCGAUCUUUCUAAGAUCAAGAAGAAACCGCAGCGAAAUAAAUCCUAGAAAAUAACUAUCAAUAUGAUGAAGGUUGAUCAAGAUUAUUCGUGUAGUAUACCGCCUGGAUUUAGGUUUCAUCCGACAGAUGAAGAACUUGUCGGAUAUUAUCUCAAGAAGAAAAUCGCCUCCCAGAGGAUUGAUCUCGACGUUAUCAGAGAAAUUGAUCUUUACAAGAUCGAACCAUGGGAUCUACAAGAGAGAUGUAGGAUAGGGUACGAGGAGCAAACGGAGUGGUAUUUCUUCAGCCAUAGAGACAAGAAGUAUCCGACUGGGACUAGGACAAACCGAGCCACCGUGGCCGGUUUCUGGAAAGCAACGGGCCGGGACAAGGCGGUUUACCUCAACUCCAAACUUAUCGGUAUGAGAAAAACGCUUGUCUUUUACCGAGGUCGAGCGCCUAAUGGCCAAAAGUCCGAUUGGAUCAUUCACGAAUACUACAGCCUCGAGUCACACCAGAACUCUCCUCCACAGGAAGAAGGAUGGGUAGUGUGUAGAGCAUUUAAGAAACGAACGACCAUCCCAACAAAAAGGAGGCAACUUUGGGAUCCGAACUGCUUAUUCUACGACGACGCCACUCUCUUGGAACCUCUCGACAAGCGAGCCAGACAUAAUCCUGAUUUUACCGCCACACCGUUCAAGCAAGAACUACUCUCCGAGGCCAGUCACGUCCAGGAUGGAGAUUUCGGAUCUAUGUACCUUCAAUGCAUCGAUGAUGAUCAAUUCUCCCAGCUUCCUCAGCUCGAGAGCCCCUCUCUUCCGUCGGAAAUAACUCCCCAUAGUACUACUUUUUCUGAGAACAGUAGCCGGAAAGAUGACAUGAGCUCCGAGAAGAGGAUCACUGACUGGAGAUAUCUAGAUAAGUUCGUGGCGUCUCAAUUUUUGAUGAGUGGAGAAGACUAAAAAAGGCUUUCCUAUGCAUGCAUGCACUAGAAACGUCGUCGCAUUUUGGAUUUACAUAUAUGGUCGUAAUAAUUCACCGAAGGAAUUGAUUUCGAUGGAUAAAUAGAAGGUGAGAAUCGAAUAAGAAGAUAUAUAUAGGGCUUUACACUUACUCAGUUUGUUUCGUAUAAUGUAUUAGUGACUCGAAAAUAUACGUUCAAAUUACGGUGAUUUAUAUUUUUAUAUAUUUAAUAAAGAAG